UCGACCACCUCCGCAUCAAUGAUCUCAGCACAACUCCGUGCGAGACCACCGACGUCCGCCAUGCUCGAACGUCACCUCCACCGUCAUCACUUUCGGAUACGCGCGACCUCGUCCUCGAGCUCUUCUUCUUGCUUGCACACGACCUCGAUCCGACGACGGGCUCGUAGUGACAAUCAGGAUCCUACGCUUGAUCCCGAGCAAGAUGGUAGCAGUCGUCCAACAUUCUUCACAAGUAACAAUACGACCCCGACCUCGAGGACGAUACUGGGCGGUAGGGCGAGAUCCCCGGCGUUCUCCCGACCUUCGCUGAUCAAGCUCGGUGGGAUCGUACCCGGUUCAGCUCGACCCGGUCAGGCUUAUGAUCACUCGGGCACUGGUGGAGAGGCGGAUGGAAAGCCUUAUUCUGGAGGACCUGGCGCUGGUGCCGAUGCAGGAUCAUCCCCAGCAGCGGGGUCAGGUUCGGGAGCAGGCGCAGGUGGAAACCUCUUGCCAGAAUCGUUCAGGUCGAAAUAUUACCACCCUACCCCUGAACCACCUGCUACGCCGGAUUACUAUACGACUUCCCUCGCCUCGCAUUUGCUUGUUUCUUUCUUGCCCUCGCAUACGAACGUCCCGACGAAACACCCCAAGAGCGAUAAGGAUAAGGACCCGCAAUCGUCCUCGAACGGUCGACGUUCCCCUCACGCAGUCAAACCUCAAGCUGUAUCCUCCCCCAACCUAUCGAAGAAAGACCCUCCAACCCUAGCCCUUGUCUGUCCCAUUGAAGGAUCCGAGGCUCAUACACUCGAAACGACUCUCCAUGCAGCAGGCCUCGUAGGAGCCGACGUCGUACAGCUCGACUUGGUACGGACAGUAGGAUUGGGCGUAGAAGGGGAUUGGGGAAAGGAUGCUGGGGGAUUUGUCAAGUUGGGAAUGGGUAAUCCUGUCUUGGUCAAGGACGAGAGCGAGAUCCGUGGGUCUGCCUCUGGGAGCGGGUCCGGGUCGGGUUCUGGCGUGGGGAUAGGGGGUGAAGGAGAGGAAGAAAUGGAUGGUUGGGAGCCCGAUAAGGAAUAUGAUCCCGAAGAGGACGGGCACGUCCAGGCCGAGGAAGACGGUGAAGAGGGCGAAGAACAUGAAGAUGAGCACGAGGGGGAUGAUGAUGCGGGAAAUUCUUCUCACGUGAUCUCGGGACCGUUCGAGAUCGCCAUUCCCGUCGGUGGGAACCCUGGCGGGCUUGGAGGUGGUGGAGGCGGAGGAAGGGCGGGAAUGGGGAUGAUGGCUGUGCCAGGAGGUGGACAGGUUGGGAUCGGGAUGGACGAGCCGAGGGAUGUUGGGUCUGAAGUGGAUAAAGAGGGGAUGAGGCGGGUCUUCCAGGAGCUGGUCGAUCUCGACAGUGCUAUCGGGAAGAACGGGGAUGUAGAAGAGAAGACCAAGCCGAGAAUUAUCUUCGUCCAACAUUCUACCUCGAUGAACGCCUCGUUCUCAUCCUGGUGGUGGGCCCUCACACGGGCCGUCCGCCUACGUAACGCCUCCGGUAAACCCACAACCAUCGUCCUCUCCUGUACACCCUCCUUCCUGCACCUCGGUCCCAAUCUCUCCCUUCCCGCUCCCGCUGCGCCAGCAGAACCGGCCGAGAAUCCGGGUCUCCCACCAGGACUAGGAGAGCUGAUGAAGGCGAUGAAAAGGAUGAGAGAAGGGCCGGGAGGUGGAGCCGGUGGGCAGGGCAAGAAGGAGGACGAGUUUUGGAAGGGGAGUGAGGAGGAGGACAAGGUUGGCCGACGGAAGAGGUUAAGGAAGAGGCUGGCCGGGUUUCAAUUGGGCGAUGAGAGAGCCUUACGUCGCUUCUUGCCAACGUUCGAUGACCCGGAUAUCCCGAGUCACUACCCACCCGAGGCCAAGGAGGGACUCAUGCGACUUAGAGGCACCCCACUAACGACUCCUCGUAUCUGGAGGGUUCUCGGCACGCUCCCUCCUACACGUCACAAGUCCGCGGAGAUGCUGGAACGCUACACCCAACGACUCGAGCUCAACCGGCUCUUGCUCAAAAAGGCAGUUGGGAAGCAUGGUCUGAGAUUCACCGACUCCGACCUCGGGGAGGACUUGAAUGGCGAUGGGCCGAAGUCGGAAGAGGUUUUGAAAGAGUAUCAAGAGCUCAGAGACAGUUUUGCGUCCGCUGUUUGGCCUUGGACAACCUUGCAGCAUUUGGCCACGAUCGGAGUCGGUCAUGCGUUGACCCAGAGGAACAAGUCGGGCGCGGAUGCGGCGGAGAUCGAGGUUGGAUGGAAGGAUCUGGCCGAAGCGUCGGUCGUUGAAGCACAUGCAGAGGACGGGCUGGAAAAGUGGAAAGAGAACCAAAAGGCCAGCCCGUCUUCCGUUCAAUCGGCCGUCGUCCAUCCUCAUCCUCGAUCGGGCAAGAAAUCGUCUUCCGGCAAGGCUGGCAGCGACAAGAAGCUGGUCGACCCUGUCGUAGAGAAGCUGAAGAAGGACAAGACACUGAACAAUCACGAGAAGCGGCUGUUGAGCUGUAUCGUCGAUCAUGCCGCCGUCAAGAAUACGACGUUUGACGAUGUGGCCAUGGAAGAGAAGACAAAGGAUGCCGUGAGGUCCACGAUUAGCUUGCCUUUGCUCUAUCCCGAGGCGUUCAGGAGCGGUAUUUUAGCACAACAUGCGUCGCAAGGCGUGUUGUUGUAUGGUCCGCCUGGAACGGGAAAGACGCACCUUUCUCGAGCGCUGGCUAACGAAAGUGGCAGCCGCAUGAUUGCUGUGACACCGGCGGACAUCAACGACAUGUACGUUGGUCAAUCUGAAGCCAGGACCAAGGCGCUCUUCAGCUUGUCCCGGCGCUUGUCGCCCUGCAUCAUCUUUAUCGACGAAGCCGAGAGCUUGCUCGGGUCCCGCGGAGGGUUCUCUUCUGGCAACGCUGCGCAUCGACAGGUGUUGACCGAGUUUAUGCAAGAGAUGGACGGCUUGACGUCGUCUGGCGCGAACAAGGAAGCGCGGGUCAGUGUUGUUGCCGCGACCAACAGACCAUUUGACAUGGACGAAGCGGUAUUACGACGACUUCCACGAAGACUUCUCAUCGAUCUUCCCACCCUCAAGGACCGAGAAACCAUUCUGCGAAUCUUGCUCAAGAACGAGACUCUGGGUGAAGAUGUCGAUAUCGCACAAUUGGCCAAAGACACGGAUACGUACUCGGGUUCCGAUCUGAAGCACCUGUGUGUGGCCGCCGCCAUGGAUGCGCUGAAAGAAUCUGCACCGCCACCUUGGAAACUCACCAAACCCGGCUCCGUUCCGUCCGUCCCACUAACACCCUCGUCAUCGUCCUCCUCGGCGGGCGACGAAAGCGGACCUGGCGGGAUGGGCGGAGGUGGGUCGGAAGAGGUGGAGAGGGAAACCAUCGAGCAGGGAGAAGGAGGGCCGGGUGGAAGAGAGGUCUUGCCGGUCGCGCCUGCGCAGGUCAGUGCGGCGGGUGAAGAAAGGGCGGUCUUGAUGAGCAUCGGCAAGGGGAAAGGCGAAGGUACGGGAGAACAAGAGGCAGGUAGUGCCUCAAGUACGAAUGGUGGAACAGCAUCAUCCGAAUCAUCAUCAGCAUCAUCAGGACCCAGUACACCCUCGUCCGCAUCAUCAACAACGACACCAACAUCAACGGCAAACUCCACCUCUUCCUCGACACCUCCCCCCUUACCCCCUCGAAUCCUCCGUAAAAAGCACUUUACCCUCGCCCUACGCGAGAUCUCCCCCAGUUCGGCCGAAGGGUCGUCAUUGGAAGAACUACGUAAAUGGGCUAGCAAGUUCGGUGAGGGCGGGACUGAAAGAGGCAAGAAGGGCGGAUAUGGUGGCAAGUUUGGAUUCGGGGAUGUCAAGGAGGGAGGUGGGCUCGAGGAGGAGAGCGAGUACGGAAGGGUGAGACCUGGGUCAAAAUAGAAAGGCCGGCGAGGACGAACACGACAAAGAAGGAUAGAGGCGGACGAUGCAUGCAUUGAGCUUGUAGUGAAACGAAACGUCUUGUAGAAUAGAGCAUGACACGAGGACACAAACCAUAUUAUCGAGAGUCGUUCAAAGCGUGCCGGAUGAUCGUGAUGAAGAAGGACAGACAGCGGAAAUUUCGACUUUUGUCCCGAUUUUGAACCGUAUCAGGAGCUCCGAAGGUCGUCAACGUCAGACGCCGGAUGAACAAAGUACGAGCCGAUAGAUUCGACUUGCAGUGAGAACGUUGCCACACCCCAUCCGUUGAGUGGAUCGCGUUUCACCUCGUAUCCCUUGAUUGUCCUGUCGGUAC